CGUACCGUUCUGUCGUGUGAGUCCAACCGACAUAUACAACUGAUUUCUGGAGAAUUCGCAGCGUUUCUGUAAUAAGUUGACGGGAGUCCAAACAAUGUGAUUCGGUGUUUCUUUUUACUAAGAUGUAUGGCAUCUGCUUGAUGGUAGCUGAGAGGAGUGAACCUGCGUUGGAGACGAGCUAACCCACGAAUGGCCUGCCAGUCUGUUGCUGCAGUCAUGGAUGAGCAGGCCCUGCUUGGGCUCAACCCAAAUGCUGAUGCCCGUUACAGGCAGCGGGCUAUGGCAUAUUUUGAACAGCUUAAGGAGUCUCAGGAUGCUUGGGAAGUAUGUGCAGAGGCCCUGGCUAAAGGGAUUUACAAUGACGACCAUGUGAAGUUUUUUUGCUUCCAAGUCCUGGAGCAUCAGAUUAAAUACAGACAUGCUGGCCUCAGUGCGGUUCAGCAGCAACUAAUUCGAGAAACUCUGAUGAAAUGGCUCCAGUGUCAGCUGAUGAAUUCCCAGCCUGAGAAGCCCUUCAUCCGGAACAAGGCAGCCCAGGUGUUUGCCUUGACUUUUGUAAUGGAGUACGUGACCCUUUGGCCCAAGUUCUUCUUUGACAUCCUGUCCCUUGUGGGGUUGAACCCCCAUGGUGUGGACAUCUACCUGCGGACACUCAUGGCCAUUGAUGCUGAAGUGGUUGACCGGGAUAUCCUCCACUCACCUGAGGAGACCCGCAGGAACACCUUGAUCAAAGACACCAUGCGGGAGCAGUGCAUCCCCAAUCUGGUGGAGUCCUGGUUCCAGAUCCUGCAGGCCUAUCAGCAGUCCCAUCCGGAGCUCACCUGCCAGUGUCUGGAGGUGGUUGGGGCCUAUGUGUCAUGGAUCGACCUCAACCUCAUUGCUAAUGACCGGUUUGUGAACCUGUUGCUGAGUCACAUGUCAGUGGAGGAGCUGAGAGAGGAGGCCUGCGACUGCCUGUUUGAAAUAGUCAACAAGGGCAUGGACCCUGUGGAUAAAACCAAGCUGGUGGAGUCUCUGUGCCAAGUGCUGCAGUCUGCUGGGUUCUUCAAUGUAGAACAGGAGGAGGAUGUGGACUUCCUGGCCAAAUUCUCCAGGCUGGUGAAUGGGAUGGGCCAAAGUUUGGUGCUGAGCUGGACCAAACUGGUCAAGGCGGGCAAUGUAAAGGUCGCUGCUGACACACUUCAGGCGGUAGAGGCCAAGGUGCCGCUGCUGCUGCAGCUGCUGGUGCAUGAAGAUGAUGACAUCUCGGCCAAUAUUGUGGGCUUUUGCUACGACUACCUGCAUGUCCUCAAACAGCUUCCUCAACUGACAGACCAGCAGAAGGCAAAUAUAGAGGCAAUCAUGCUUGCCGUCAUGAAGAAACUUACAUAUGAUGACGAGUACAACUUUGAAAAUGAAGGGGAGGAUGAGGCUAUGUUUGUGGAGUACAGGAAGCAGUUGAAGAUGCUGUUGGACCGCCUGGCCCAGGUCUCUCCUGAGCUGCUGCUGGAGGCUGUGCGCAGAGUCUUCACCAACACCAUGCAAAACUGGCAAACUGCUCUGUUCAUGGAGGUGGAAGUGGCCAUCAGACUGCUCUACAUGCUUGGUGAAGCCCUGCCUGCAUCUCAUGGUGCUCACUUCUCGGGAGAUACAGCCAAGACCAGCGCCCUGCAGGACAUGAUGAGGACGCUGGUCUCCUGUGGUGUCAGUGGAUAUCAACACACUUCAGUGUCUUUGGAGUUCUUUGAAACUGUUGUUCGAUAUGACAAAUUCUUCAUUGUGGAACCGCAGCACAUUCCAAAUGUUUUGAUGGCGUUUCUGGACCAAAGAGGAUUGAGGCAUAGCAGCCCCAAGGUCAGGAGCAGGGUGGCUUACCUCUUUUCUAGAUUCGUCAAAACCCUGCAUAAACACAUGAAUGCCUUCAUUGAGGACAUUCUCAGCAGGAUCCAGGACCUGCUUGAACUCACUCCUCCAGAAAAUGGUUUCCCAGCAUUGCUGACCAGCGAUGACCAGCUGUUCAUGUUUGAGACAGCAGGGGUGCUGAUAGUGAAUGGGGAGAGUCCCGCAGAGAGGAAACAAGCCCUGAUGAGGAGCCUGCUGACUCCUCUGAUGGAUGCCUUCCGCCUCUUGCUAGCCAAACUGCCCCAGGAGACCGAAGAGGAGAGACAGGCGGCUCUUGCGGACUGCCUGAGCCAUGCUGUAGGCUUUGCAAGUCGGACCAGCAAAGCCUUCAGCAACAAGCAGACGGUGAAGCAGUGUGGUUGCACAGAAGUAUACAGGGACUGUCUCCAGGCCUUCCUGCCUGCGCUGAGUUGCCCGGUCCAGAGGGGGCCACUGCGCAGCUCUGUUCGCUCCUUCUUGCAUCGUAUGAUCAUCUGCCUGGAGGAGGAGGUGCUGCCCUUCAUUCCUGCGGCCUCAGAACACAUGCUGAAGGACUGUGAGGCCAAGGACCUACAGGAGUUCAUCCCCCUCAUCAGCCAGAUCACUGCCAAGUUCAAGCGGCAGGUAUCUCCUUUCCUGCAGCAAGUCUUCAUGCCUCUGGUGCUGGCCAUCUUCGAGGUGCUGGCCCGGCCGGCAGAGGACAAUGACCAGGCCGCCGCCUUGGAGAAGCAGAUGCUGAGGAGGAGUUACUUCUGCUUCAUCCAGACUAUCGCCAGCAGUGGCAUGAAUGAGGUGAUGGCAAACCAGGGGGCAGAGAACAUUGAGCGGGUUGUGUUCACCAUCAUACAGGGAGCAGUGGACUUUCCUGACCCCAUUGCACAGAAAACCUGUUUUAUCAUCCUCUCCAAACUGGUGGAACUGUGGGGAGGUAAAGAUGGCAUGGUGGGGUUUCCUGACUUCAUCUACAAACACAUCGUUCCUGCAUGCUUCCUGGCUCCUCUCAAACCAACUUUUGACCUCACAGAUGCUCAGACAGUGCUGACACUGUCCGAGUGUGCUCUCACGCUGAAAAUAAUCCAUCUCAAAAGGGGGCCGGAAUUCAUUCAGUUCUUACAACAAGAGUACCUGCCCUCUCUUCAAGUGUCACCAGAAAUUGCACAGGAGCUGUGUCAAGUGCUUCAGCAGCCAGAUGUCAAAGUCCUAAAAACCUACAUUAAGGCAUUCUUUCAGCGAGCCAAGCUCUAGGACAGAAAAUAUCAACUGGAAGUUCACUGGGUCUGAACGAACACUUAAGAGAGGAAGUGGUUGUCUGUGCCACUUACCGCAAAAAUGGAACUUAGCAUAGGAGCUGCUUUUGCACUUAAAAAGAAAUUGCAUAACAAAGCCCAGUGUGUCUAAGUUGGGAUAAUGGACAGAGGAGGUAAAGAGGACGGCACUGGAGAGCACGGUGGCCAAAUCCCUCCAGCGGACGAGGGCCACGAGACGUGCUCUCCAUGGGUGCUUGAAUCAUGACCGAGGGAGGUGUUUGAUUUGCGUGACCACUCAAUAUGACCGGGAGAAGUCUAUGAAAUACUGGAGGCUCGUGGAAAGGCUUUGCUUUAGUAAACAGCUCCACGGGGAGGAUUGGAACCUGAAUUUGUUGCUGCCUAUCCCAAAUCGUUUGGUAAUUAUCUAAAAUGACAUGGCCUCUCGUUAGGAUUUGUGAAGCAUAGCUUUAUUAGGCAAACCAAUACAGUUAGACAUUUCAAAAGGUUUUCAUUUGAAUGUGUGGAUAUAUUUGUUGCCACAUUAAUGGAUUUGUUUAAAAAAAAAAAAUAAGGGCUGAAUUGUGUAAUUUUUAUUGGAUAUGUGGCAUUGAUUUUUUUUUUUUUUUAUGUUGAAGAAUGUUUGCUUGAGAAAUGUUUUAGUUUGGAGUGAACUACAUGGGAAUUUUAAGUGCUUAUGGCCCUGGUUCAUUUUGCAUUUGCCUUCCAGGUGUAUUGCAAACCUCUGUGGUCUUUUCCAUAGACUGUGUGCAUGGCAAAACAACAGCACCUGCAGUUUCCCUCUCAAUUCUCUAGCCUUGCAAGCAAAUACUAUUGGUCUUAUUUGAACCCAUGAUAUUUUGUUACCUAAUUUGAUGUAACCACAUUUGAGCUACAUCACUUCUUACGUAUGGCAGUUUAGUGCUAAAGUUGAAGAUAUGGUCAUUAGUUGUUUCAUAUUUAGUAUUCCAUUAACUGGAAAACAGUUUUUGUUGUGUUUGUUUGGGUAGUAUGACUAAUUGUUUGCAUUGGCGCGGGAUGACAGCUGUUUGCUUUCAGAUGGAAAUGAACAGAAAUGGAGGAACAAACUGUAAAUAAGAGAAUAAGAUGUUAAAUGUAAAUAAAGUUCCUAGGUUUAGCUUUUUUUAAUCUUCAUUCCCAUCUGAAAAACAAGUGCAAAUGAUUGGUUUAUAGGAACCUUCAUGUACAGCUCAUGUAAACACUGCCCGUGUAUAGAAGUAAACCAGCGAGAUGCAUUUUAUAUUGAAGAAUUUGUGACAAUUCAGGAGUCUGAUUAUGCAACGCUAAUGGCGAGCAAUACUGUGAAGUACCUGUCAAACAGCAGCCCCAUAAAGAAUUGUCAGUGCUAUCUAUUCCUAAGUGAAUAUCAAUCAGAGCUAGAGGAGACUUGAUUAGUGUCUGGUUUUUGUAAGUACUUGCUUUACCCUUCACUUGUGUCUGAUGUUUCCUCUUAUUGGUGUGCAGAUGUGAACAAGGCAAAUCCAAUUAGACUUUUUCUGUCAUUUUUGUACAGAUGCUUUUGUCAGGCCUUUGUACUUGAAAGCGUACAGGUAUUGCGACCCCACUUUUUGUCAUUGUUUUGCCAUCUUUUGACGUGUCAGUUAAAGGCACCCCCCCUUCAGAUACUCACACUGUUACAUAUCAUUCCAGGACUGAUUUUAGGAUGAAGUGUUGUAAUUUACUGUUUUGAUGUAGCUACCAACUUCCCCUCAGCCUGCCACGUCUACUUCUAUUGGUGACUUCCUGUGUUUCCCUGAAUGUCUCUCAACCCCCAGAGAAAGGGCAUGAACUCAGUGCUUUAAAUCAAAUGUGGACCUAUGGGCGUACACAUAUCUAGUUGACUAGCUGAAGAACGUUGUGUGUUUAUGAUGGCAGUGAUAUAUGGCUACAUUGCAUUCUGGUCUGUUAAAGCUAUUAUAGGUGUUUUAAAGGGAAAAUUCACCUUUUUUGCAAAAAAGUGAUAUUUCACUUCCCUUUUAGCUGUUAUGUGGUGGUGCUAUCUUCCUGUCAUUGUUACUGAGUGCUGGAUACUGGCUGGAUGCUCCAAAUGCUAUUGAGGUGGAUUGCCCCCAGCUAACAUUCUUCUAAACAACUACCUUAAGGCAGUGAUUUGUAAGAAUGUUUGCUGGGGGCAAUCCACCUCAAUGGCAGGAGGCUAACAGUUAGCAUUUGGAGCAUCCAGCCAGUAUCCAGCACUCAGUAACAAUGAGAGGAAGAUAGCACCACUACUGUCCUACAGAACAGCUAACAUAUUUCAAAAUAAGUGAACUACCACUUUAAGGGGGGAUUUGUCCUUUUCAGGUCUACAUAGAUUUACCAUAUGUAACUACCAGAUACUGGCAAGUCGCCUUGCUGAUUUUUUCCCCAACACUAAACCAGCUGCACCGAAUACAAGAAUCACAGCUGUCACAUUGAAGAUCUGCACUUCCCCUGCACUUCCCUGCUAUAGAGAGCAGACCAUGAUCUGACUGUUGAAAUAUAGGCUACUAAUGUAGCAGGCCUGUUAGUUACUAGUUCAGUGAGCGAGCCCUGUUUUUGAUGUGCUUGUGUUUUCCCAUUGUACCAACUACCACAAUAGUAUUCACACUGACAUUAGUGCCACUGAACACUUCUUCCUCAGUUAACCCACUAAAGUAGAAUCAGUCAACAGUUACGACGGGUGGCAAGUAAAACCCCUCUGAAUCUCAGGCAUACUGCAGUGAGCAGUCUGAUAGACGCUCAGCUUGUAUGUCUGUCCUUUUAAAUGUCCCAUGAGCCCUUGCAAAUCAGAUUCAUUAGAUAUUAAUAUCCAAUGAACAUGCAGCUUGUAACAGUCUACUUGUAAACAUUGUCAUCUUUGGGUGGACAAAGGGGAAAACGGUUUGCGCAGAUACCAGAAAUAUUUAUGCCAAAUGAAUUCAUUUAUUCAUUGAUGGUGAAAUGUCUUUAGAACUUGAUUUAUUUUUUGAUAUUGCAAUGAACCUUCUGUCAGAACAUCUGUUAGUACCAAUAAAGUGUUCACUAAUCAGGA